AUGGAUGUGACAGAGCUGGAGACGGGGGGGAACCCCCUCCUGAAGGCAGUGUGGCUCGGGCGGCUCCGCCUCACCCGGCUGCUGCUGGAAGGGGGGGCUUACAUCAACGAGAGCAAUGAGAGAGGGGAGACGGCCCUGAUGGUGGCCUGCAUCACCAAGCACGUUGACCAGCAGAGCAUCAGCAAGCUCAAGAUGGUGAAGUACCUGCUGGACAACAGAGCUGACCCCAACAUCCAGGACAAGUCCGGGAAAACAGCCCUGAUGCAUGCCUGCAUCCGCGGUGCCGGUGGGGAAGUGGUGUCCCUGCUGCUGGAGAACGGCUCAGACCCCAGCCUGGAGGACCACUCGGGAGCAUCAGCAUUGGUCCAUGCCAUCAACGCCAAUGACAAGGAUGUGCUGCAGCACCUCCUGAACGCCUGCAAAGCCAAAGGGAAGGAGGUGAUCAUCAUCACCAUGGACAAAUCCGCCUCCGGCACCAAGACAGCCAAGCAAUACCUGAACAUGCCACCCUUGCUGGACUUCAAGGAGAGGAGCCCUGAGGCAUGCACAGCACCCUCCAGCACCCACCCGAAAGCUCCCAUCUCAGCACCUUCCCCUGCCGAGGAGGAGAGCAGCAUCUUCCCAUCGCACCCUGGGGACAUCCCCUGUGCCAACGAGCCGCCCUCCCCAGGGCAGCACACUGGGGCAGCCCACAGAGCGCGGCUGCCGCGGCUCAAGAGGCUGCGCUCGGAGCCGUGGGGUCUGGUGGCACCCUCGGUGCUGGCAGCCUCCACACACCACGAUGACACCCGGGUGGGUGCGGAUGAGGAGGUGAUCACAGGCAUCGGAGACCUCUCAUUGUCCAAAAAGGCUCCUCUCUCCUGCAGCGGCAGCAGGAGCAAGGACCCGUCUGUCCUGCCGCCGGUGGAUGACCCUGCUCCGAGGGCACCGCUAUGGAAGGCAGCGUUCGAGAAGAGCCCGGCCGCGGUGCAGCGCCUGCCCCGCAGGAGCACGGUGCCCGAGGAGCCGGAUGCGGCCGCGGUGCAGCGCCUGCCCCGCAGGAGCACGGUGCCCGAGGAGCCGGAUGCGGCCGCGGGGCUGCGCUGGCGGCGGCUCAGCACCGAGCACCACGAUGAUGAACCCCAGCUCUGCGGCAUCCCCGGCCCGGCCGAGGGGAAGGGGCCGUUGGAGCGCAGGAGGCUCAGUGGGCCCCAUGUGGGCUCGCUGGAUGGCUACCAGGAUGCCCUGGACGGCAGCACGGGCACCUCGCCCGGGCCCAUGCGGCACCGGCCGCCUGGCUUGCUGGAGAGGAGAGGCUCCGGCACCCUGCUGCUGGACCACAUCGCACACAGCAGGCCUGGGUACCUGCCCCCCCUGAACGUGAACCCCAACCCCCCCAUCCCUGACAUCGGCUCCAGCAGCAAAGCCCCCUCCCCGCUGGCUGCUGGCCUGAAGGCUCUGGUGUCUUUCACCCCCAGCUCACCCAGGUGGGGAGACCUGCGAGCCAAAAGGAAGCUGCUCCGGAGACAUUCCAUGCAGGCAGAGCAGAUGCGGCAGCUCUCCGACUUCGAGGAAAUCGUGGCCCAGUAG